GAAAUCCCAGCCUUGCUCGAAAGACAUCGCGACGUGCAACCGAGUCGAACGCGGGACCUCUUCGUGGACCGGGGGUACAACACACUGAAGAGACCCUCAAUGGAACCAGUUGAGCUACUUGGUCCCGAGGAGAUCCUGCCAACUCAGGCUGGACUGGUCGCUUAUCAAGGG